UAUUGAUCAUUCUAAAAGAAUGAAUUAUUCCAUAAUUUAAUUUACUAUGUACGUGAUGUGUCAUAGGUAAAAAUCGUAUUACCAGUUUAAGAAAAGCUAGGCCUGUCUAUCCAAGAAAUACGACAAAGGCUAUCACGAAAGAACAGUUACAACGCUAGAACAUUUGGCUUUCUUGUAGAACUUGUCUUUUGGAAUCCAGAGGUUCUCCUCUGCCUUGUGGAAACUACCUAAACUGCCAAGAGCUUAUAUUUUAUUAUUCUGGUUUUUUUUGUGUGUUAGUAGUUUUGUCAAUAGCCUAGAUAUGUAAGGACAAAGUCACUAAAUCAGCGUGUGCACAUUUUGAACCUUGUCCCUCUUGCCAGUAAGGAGACCUAAUGAAUUAUCUCCCGUGCUCUUCGUGAGAUUACAUUUUGCACCUGUAUUUUAAAUGUUUUGUACAAUAAUUAUUUAUUAUUUUGUCAUGUGUCCGUGUAGCUACAUGUAACUUCGAAAUAGCGUGGUCCUUGUCAGCAGUCAUUUUUGCCAAUAAAAAGAUGUAUUCAUACCAAAUAGUAAUGUCUUUUCCUUGUGUGUGUUUGAGGGAAAACUAAAGAGAAACAAACCCCAAAUAAAGUAAAAGAAGUCGCCCUUAUGGCACAAUGCAUAAUACAUAAACAUGCAGCUAAGGUAUGGGAUUUUUGUCAUAAAAUCAUUUGGCAUGUUUUUCGAGAUAGUCGUCUGUGGAUUUUCAUCUUCAGAGAUUGUGGUCUGAGGUGACUAGUUAUAUCUUAAUAGAGUCGGUUACUGUUCAGUAUCACGCAGUUUCUGACCAAAUGGAGUCAAACUGAUGCUCAUAGCCUAUCGGUGGUUAAAAAGUACUAGCGUAUCUAUUCUUUGUCUUUCUCUCUUAUGAACCAGCUAACAAAUCGUUUACAGUAAGACAUCAGAUUGUUGUGAAUAGUGAUAGUAAUCGUGAUUAAUAUUGACUAGCCUGUUUGCUUUUUAUAUUGUUUUUAGCUAUAAGUUGUUAUGGACAGGGAGUGGCUCCCAUAGCUAUGUGGUCGCUUCAGACCUACCAGUAUCAGUCACGUUUAUAUUUAUGACUAUAUAACGUGUUUAAAAUCAGAUCAGGGGUAUAAUUGUUUUAAUAAUAGCCUAUUUUAAUUUUAUGGCGCACCGGUGCUGAGUAAUAAAAACAACGCAUAAAAUCUGCAGGUAUUUUCGAGGGGAAAUGAACACUUCUUCCAGUAGGUGACGCUCUCCGCUAACAUGGAUCACGGCGCUCAGUGGGGAGGCUCCAUUGAGUUGAACCUAACGAUCAUCAUUUCGUCAUCAUUUGUAACCAUAGAGCAUGAAUUACCUCUUGAAGUCAUCAGAGAGAAUUUACGACUGGUCAACAAAGGCACGUGAUUCCUAAACGCACUCCCAUAUUUGGGCGCAUACAUGGCAAAAACGAAGUACAGUACAUUGCUAUAAUUCAUUAUUACAUCAUAAAUCGUACAGCACGGGAUUAUAACGACCAAGAUCUACAAAUCAAGAGCUUAAAAAUAACCAAAUGAGUUCUUAUUUUCUAAACUCGUUCGCAGGGCGCUAUCCAAAUGGCUCCGACUAUCAGUUGCUAAAUUAUGGGACUAACGGCGCUAUGAACGGCGCUUCGUACAGGGACACCGCAACCAUGCAUUCGGGCUCCUUCGGUUAUAACUACAAUGGAAUGGACCUAAGUGUAAAUCGCUCAAACGACAAUGGGCACUUCGGGGCUGCUGGAGAUAAUUCCCGUAGUUACCAGAACGCGGGCCCGGACACCCGGUACAGACCACCGAGCUGCUCGCUCGCUUCUCCAGAUCCCCUACCUUGUGCCAACAACGAGACCCUGGAUCUGAAGGGAUCCUCUACACCGGUUGACCAGAGCACAGUCACAGUCAACAACCUAAAAAACAGCAGCAGUCUUACCAACAACAGUAGCACACAGUUUGCUGAAAUCGAAGAGACCAGCGUGUCCUCCGAACCCGAGGAAAGCGCACACGCUGCCAACCCCACUCCUCGGACGCAGAAGCAAGAAUCUAUCGCCACAUCAACUACAACACCCAGCGAUGGACAAACGCCUCAAAUAUUUCCUUGGAUGCGGAAACUGCACAUUAACCAUGAUAUGACUGGACCUGAUGGGAAACGGGCCCGAACCGCGUACACCCGCUACCAAACCCUCGAGCUGGAGAAAGAGUUCCAUUUCAAUAGGUAUCUAACCCGAAGGAGGAGGAUAGAGAUAGCCCACGCAUUGUGCCUGUCGGAGAGGCAAAUUAAGAUUUGGUUCCAGAAUCGAAGGAUGAAAUGGAAGAAGGACAACAAAUUGAAAAGCAUGAGUCUUGCUACCGCCGGUAGCGCUUUUCAGAACUGACAGUCGUAAUGUGGAGUUCAAAUCCCCAUGAUCCCGCAGACUGCCCUGCACUCCUCGGCAUGUUGUGAUCAUUAGACGACAUACAAUUUCCAUGUGGUCCUGAUGAUGCACAAAUAGUGUUGUCGUUAAGUAUUCUCAUCAUAGCUCUUAUGAUUUAAAAAUGAAGCCACAAUAGCAUAAAUAUUGUCAUAUAUAGUGCAAAUGUCAUGUGCCAGGUUCAUACGCUACUUUACGUGCAGUAAGCAUGUCCUAUAUGUGAGACCUUAUUUGUGUGUAACGUAUUCACAGUUUAUCAGUUGUACAGUGUACAGUCUUACAUCUCAUACUACUUUACCGCUAAAGAAAUGAAUGGAAAUUUAAAUUACUUCUAUGGGCCGCUGCAAAGCUUACGUAGGAACUGCAGUGUAUGAUAGUCUCGAUGUUUCUGUGAUGUUCAAUGCUUAUAUGCGCAUAUUAUUCAUUUCGUCAGACAGAAAACGCCGUAUAGGUACAAGCUCUCUUUCCAUUAAAUACAUUUGUGUGGUAAAUAUUUUGCAAUGCAGUAAUGACCUUGGCCAAAUGUUUCCAUUAAGGAAUUAAAUGUGUUUAAGAGUUUAAUUGUGACCAGUAUGUUAUUUGUAGGCCUAGUGCGCAAAGUGAAUGGUGAAUAUUUUGUGAUGGCAAAAGUCAUGUUUAUAAGUCAUUUUGGCGAUAGGGUCUUUGUAUUUGUAUCUUAACCUUAGUAAAGCUAACUUAGUUAGGGAAAAAUAAAGUGUCUUACAGUCAUACAAUUGUUGAACUUUUGAUUCUUCUGCACCUUAGCGCUUUAUGGACUGACCCCUAAAAUGUACCAUAUGAAACAUACCCUACCCAAGAGUUAUAGAAACUGACCUUUUGGAGCCCUUGAUUGUUUAAGUUUUACUUAACAAUUUUACAUGGAACUUUCUACGCGCCUAUUUGACGUGAACAAAAAGAUCCACAACAGGUAAUCCAGUAGAUACUGUCUUCCCGUUUUGUGUGUUUGAGUGUGUGUAAAUUGUUAAUUUGGCUGAAUGUAUGGAUUUUUAACUCGUCUCAACUCAUUAUUGUCAAAUGAUAUUGUAUGUAUUGUGGAGUCUUGCAAAAUGUUGACAAUAAUGCAUUCAUGGAAAUUCCUAGCAAAACCAUAUAUACUAACAAAACAAACGUUAAACCUGUAGACUUACCUCAAAAUGAUCAUUGUAAAAGAUGAGUAGUUCUGUCUGUGUUUUUCUGACUAUGUGUAUAUUUCCUAGUCAUAUUUACCUUGGCAAAACCACAAGGGUUGUAAUGGUCUGUGGCUACAUAUUAGCCAUCAUAAAUGUGUAUGACAUGCUUGUUACAUUUACAUGCCCGAUGGAUCAGGAAUUCGCCCUGAAGUCCUCCAUAUACCCCUCAGUAGCUCUCCAAAGUCACGUGGGGUCCAUAAAGUUAGUUUUAUGGUUUUGGGGAGUUGACAAUGUGCGACAUAAUUCACAUUCUUGAAUGUAAGCGACGGUUUAACUGCUUCGACGGGAUUCUAAAAGGAUGUAGACUGUGAACGUUUCAGUGUCCUUUUGGUCCCCUGUCUUGAGCAGUCGAGGAAGUAAAGCUUGGAUAUACAGACAUUUCUGUGCGACACUUUAAGGUGCACACACAACAAUAUGGGACUGACAACUCGAAGUAAGUUUGCGUACUUUUGUCUGGUUUGGUUUGUCAGUUUGUUAAUUUGCUAUGUAUGAUUUACCAAGGUGGCGGAAGAGUAUGCCAGGUAGCCUACAUGUGUCCAAUAUUCCUUACUCAGUAGAUGUCAGAUUGCGAAAGAAAUGUGUUUUCAAAAAAUACAGAUAAGUUGUUAAGUAGGCCUACAUACAUUGAAAUAACUGACAACAGAUUGCUAUCAGAUAGUACCUGCUAUUGCCUCUACCUCUGUGUUGUGGUAAUGUAAUAGUCAUGCACUUGUGUGAUAUCUGUGUUUUGUUUUUCCGUAAUUGCUAUCCUUUCCCCUCCCAAAUGAAUGGCAAACCUGGAUGUAGCCAUUUCAGAAUCAAACACACGGAGUCUUUGGUAAAGGCGCGUAUAAUAACUCCAUUUAGCCACUUUGCAAGUCCAUAUUAAUUUUCUUACAGUGCAGGAAAUUGGGUGGGGCCUCAUUCAGGGUGUGCCUGGUGCAUUUGUUGUCGUUAACCAUAGGCUGAUCCAAGUCACCAUUCCUGUGAUACAUAACCACAGGCUACCAACUUUCAAUCUGACCUUUUUGACUUGAUUGUGUAUGACAGUCCGCGUAGUGCACGUUGUUUUUUCUAAAUAUAAGUUGUAAUUGUACCCAUUUAUGAGAUAUGAUAUUGAAAGUCACAGUCUUUCAGUGACGUCUAACCUACCCACCAGCACUAUCAAGCCAGGGUGGUCUCACUUAAUUGCUUGCACCGAGCUUGCGUCAUGCCUUGUUUAGUAAACAGAUGCAAAUUUGAGAACAUUGAUGCAUAGAAGAACACGACCAUUCAGAUGAUAUAUUAAACUAUGCCGUGAACACUGUAACCCAGGUUAUAAUUACAACAGUUUUUUUAAAUGAAAAGACAUGUUCUGCCUCUAGUUUGUGUUCUAAAGGACCUAAAUCAACAUGUAGCGCAAACAACACCAAAAAGAGGCACAUAUUGCAAAUACGCGGUGGAAACACUUCCACAAUUCAUACCUAUUAAAGUGCCAUUUUACCAGUAUAAUGUGUUUUGCAUAUUGAUAGGGGUAAUCUGUGCGCGGAGCUCAUCAAUUAUUCAUAGGAGCGGGAUCAGCGCGAGGUCAGGAGACGGGCGCAGAGCACAUGCCAGCUCAGCGCAGCCGUGGCACCUCGCAACACUGCUCACAUAACGAAACCGAGACCAAGACGAGGAGGGAAGAGAGCUGGGUUCAGCUUCUCUCUGAUGUCUUACGCUAGAUUUCGAAUGGUUAGUAUCUUAACUUGUAGAAACUAUUACUUUUCAGUUAUUAUUUAAUUAUUCCAGAGGUUCCUCUAUGGCUCAGCGAGUGACUGCACGAAAUGAGGCCCAAAGCAAGGAGGACAUUUAAGUAUAGGCUGCUUUUUAUAUAUCUUUACUGAAAUGCAGAAAUCUCAACCCACUUCUACUUCCGAAUUAUUUAUUAGUUCUUUAUUCACUUUUCCUGAAGCUUACGUGUGUAAUAUAAGCAUAAUAAGUAGGGCAACAGUAAUACAUUGGAUUUACAAUUUAAUUUAGUUAUUAGUAUCUCUGUUUUAAACGGACAACGUAUUUUUGCCAUGACUUUAAACUUACAAAUUUCCGUAGGCUGUUGAAAAAUGUUAUCAUUCACAUUUGAAUUCUCAUUCUGCGUUUUGCAUGCUAUACAUUCAGAUAUACAUGUAUACAGUCCAGACACACAUUUUCCCUCCUCAAGUUCACAAAAGCCCGAUUCAUUCUAAUGUACAACUAUGGACGGAUGAUUCAGACUGUGGCAAGCGUGCGCUCAAUUAUUUUCGGCAAUAGAUGAGCAUUUUCAUACAUUUCUUUGUCCUUGUAGUUGAACGCAUAGAUAACUGGAGUGACUAAAGCAUUGCAGUCUAGUUUGACAGUUCCUACAGCGCCAGGUCUGAAAGAAUGAUGCAACGCUAUGCGUCGCCAGCAGAGCCCGCCUCAGACCAACUUCAUCCCUGCCGUCUUUGCCUUCUACUGUCUAGUCAUUACAGCGGUUAUAACGGACUAGUUUGCAUUAACUAUUUGAGUAAAUAAAAUAUUAGAAUACCUUUACUAAUACUGUGGCUUUGUUGAGGUAAAUAAUAAAAUGACUUGGACUUUGGCAUGUGAUGGGGUGCACAAACCUUUUCUCGAUUGCGCUGGACGGUGUGUUGGCAUCUCCGAAGAGAUAACAAAAAUGUUUAAUUUCUCUACAAUUCGC